UGUAAGCAACUUUGUGUGUAUAUAUUAUCAUGCUCAGGUGUGGAUUUAUUGGUAGUUGUGUUUGCUCAAGAGCUUGAACAACUCUUUGUUCAUCAGAAGAGUACGUUGAAAUAAUAAAGAUGGGAAGAGGAAAGAUCGAGAUCAAGAGGAUAGAAAACAACACGAACCGGCAAGUAACCUUCUGCAAGCGCAGAAACGGACUUCUGAAGAAGGCUUAUGAGUUAUCCAUUCUGUGUGAAGCUGAAAUUGCACUCAUUGUUUUCUCCAGCAGGGGGAGAGUUUAUGAGUUCUCCAACAACAAUAACAGCAACAUAAGGGGGACAAUCGAGAGGUACAAGAAAGCCACUGCUGAUGCUUCUGCUACUUGCUCAACUCAGGAGAUCAAUGCUCAAUUCUACCAGCAAGAGUCUAAGAAGCUUCAACAACAGAUUCAGAUGAUCCAAAAUUCUAACAGGCAUCUGAUGGGUGAGGGAUUAGCUUCUCUGAAUGCCAAGGAACUGAAGCAGCUGGAGCACAGGCUUGAAAGAGGCAUUGCAAGGAUCCGAUCCAAAAAGCAUGAGAUGCUACUUGCUGAAGCUGAAGGCUUGCAGAAAAGGGAAAACGAGCUGGAGCAUGAAAAUGCUUACUUAAGAGCAAAGAUAGCUGCUGAAAAUGAGAGGCUCCAAGGGCUGAGCAUGGUGACAGGCAGUUCAGUUGGGCAAGACGAAUACAACGAGUACCAGGCCUUUCUGGCACGUAAUGUGCAGCUGCAGUUCAGCAUCAUGGAUCCCUCUCCUCACCCUGCAGACGAUCACGUCGAAACCGACUACCAAAUCACCCCCAGAAAGCCUUUUCAUCUUGGGUGACUUGACUUGGUGACAGAAACUUGAGAGCAUGCAUGCGAUCUUUGACUGGUACAAUAACAGAAGACACAAUAAAGUAGCUAUUCUAAUAUGGUACUGUGCUGUGCUAUAUUUAACAGACCAGAGUUAUUAUUGGAACCUUUGCAUUCAGAUGUUUUAAUGUUUUAUCAUGUCUUCAAUUUAUAAUUAAAGGGGUCGGUGCACCUUUGUAUGACUCGUACUUUCGAUCAUUAUGCAUGCUCUUUAUUUAUUUGACUUCUACA